AGAGACGCCAAGCUGCAGCUUCACAGUUUGUUUCACUUUUACUUCGGCUGGAAGGGAAGAACGAGUAAUGCCCGGCUCGGGGAGUCCGUUUAAUGCCUCGUAUGAGGUGUCCACAGGGACCACCAUCAUUGCGGUGGAGUUCGACGGAGGGGUUGUUGUAGGUUCUGACUCGCGUGUGUCUGCCGGUGACGCCGUGGUAAAUCGAGUAUUUAACAAAGUAGCUCCUGUCCACCAGAAUAUAUACUGUGCUCUUUCUGGAUCUGCAGCGGAUGCGCAGGCGCUGACGGACCUGGUCAGCUAUCACAUGGAUGUGCACAGCAUAGAAAUGGGGGGACCUCCGUUAGUCUUGGCGGCUGCGACUCUGGUGAAAGGAAUCACCUACAAGUAUAAGGAGGAGAUGGUAGCCCACCUCAUCGUCGCUGGGUGGGAUGGAAAGAACAGGGGGCAGGUCUACGGGACGCUGGGAGGUAUGAUAACGCGGCAGCCGUUCGCCAUCGGAGGCUCGGGCAGCACUUAUAUAUACGGCUAUGUGGACUCGGCCUUCAAGCCUGGGAUGUCCAAAGAGGAAUGCGAAAGAUUCGCUAUCCAAGCUCUCUCCCUGGCCAUGAGCCGCGAUGGCUCGAGUGGUGGUGUUAUUUACCUUGUGACAGUCACCGAAGAUGGAACGAAAAACACCCUUUUAACCGGGGAUAAUAUUCCUCGCUUUUAUGAUCUGUAACUCUGCUCUAGGGGGUCCCAGUAUCAUCUCGUGUAUGCGCGACAUUUAUUAAAGACUGGAACCGUAAACCUCUGCUGUACAUUUAAAUAAAAGACAUUCCGUGUGAAUUCAAA